AUGGUCAACAAAACGGAUCUUCUCUUAUUAUUUGAACGUCCACAAGAACCAGUUUUUGUUCAGAAAGGAAAGGACAAAGCAGUUUUUGAUGUUCCAGAUAAAUUUUUAACAGAUCGUUAUCGUCCCAUAGGCAAUGAAUUAACAACUCGUUUUGGUGAUGAAUCUAAAAGGAAAAUUGUCGUUAAGGAUAUUAGUAUUCCUGAUUUAAAGAUUCCAAUGAGUCUUGGUCGACAUGAACAAUUUUCUUUAUUUAUACCAAAACAUCGAGCAAUCGCUGGUCGUCUAAUAGACAUUUUUGUUGGACUAAGAUCUUUGGAUGAUCUCCAAAGUGUAGCUGUUUAUGCUCGUGAUCGUCUCAAUCCAGUUUUAUUCAAUUAUGCUCUAUCAGUUGCUUUGUUACACCGUGCUGAUACUAAGGGACUUAAUUUACCAUCGUUUGUUGAAUCGUUUCCAGAUAGAUAUAUUGACUCAAAAGUUAUAAAUCAAGUUAGGGAAGAAGCAACUGUUGUACCAGAAGGUUCGCGUGUACCAAUUGUUAUCCCCAGAGAUUAUACUGCUUCAGAUCUUGAUGAAGAGCAUCGGUUAUGGUAUUUCCGAGAAGAUAUGGGUGUUAAUUUACAUCACUGGCAUUGGCAUUUAGUUUACCCAUUCGAAUCUAAUAACAGAGCUAUCGUUGAUAAGGAUCGCCGCGGUGAAUUGUUCUAUUAUAUGCAUCAACAACUUGUAGCCCGUUAUAAUUUGGAAAGAUUCAGCAAUAAUUUAGCCAGAGUGAAGCGUUUUAAUAAUCUACGUGACCCAAUUAAAGAAGGUUAUUUUCCAAAAAUGGAUUCAUUAGUAGCGAGUCGUGCUUGGCCUCCGCGUUUUGCUGAUACGACACUUAAAGACUUAAAUCGAGAACUAGAUCAAAUAAAAUUGGAUAUUGGAGAUUUGGAGAGGUGGAGGGAUCGAUUUUAUGAAGCUAUUCAUCAAGGAUUUGUUGUAGACGAAAGAGGAACUCGUAUCCCCCUAGAUGAAAAUCGAGGUAUCGAUAUUUUAGGAAAUAUGAUGGAAUCUUCAAUUUUAUCUCCAAAUCGUCAAUUAUAUGGUGAUUUACACAACAUGGGACACGUAUUUCUUUCAUAUGCCCACGAUCCUGAUCACCGUCAUUUAGAAUCAUUUGGGGUAAUUGGUGAUUCAACUACUGCUAUGCGAGAUCCAGUAUUUUAUCGUUGGCAUGCAUAUGUUGAUGAUAUUUUCCAGGAACAUAAGGAAAGCUUAAAUCCGUAUACUCAGCAGCAAUUAGAUUAUCCAGGAAUUAAUGUUACUGGAGUACAAGUACAGCCAGAAGGGGGUCAACCUAAUGUACUUACUACAUUUUGGCAACAAUCUGAUAUUGAUUUAUCUCGUGGCAUGGAUUUUGUACCGCGCGGUAACGUUUUCGCAAGAUUCACUCAUUUGCAACAUGAACCUUUCACAUAUACUAUUAAUAUAAACAAUGCAAGUGGCGCUCAACGUUUUGGUACUGUAAGAAUUUUCUUAGGACCUAAAGUUGAUGAAAGAAAUCAAGAAAUGUUGUUCCGUGACCAACGUUUAAUGAUGGCUGAAUUAGAUAAAUUUAUAAUACAGCUCCGUCCCGGUCAAAACACAAUUCGUCGCCGUUCUGAUGAAUCAAGCGUUACAAUUCCUUUCGAAAGAACUUUCCGCAAUCUAGAUGCUAAUCGUCCUGCUGAAGGUACUCCUGAUGAAUUGGAAUUUAAUUUCUGUGGUUGUGGUUGGCCCGAUCAUAUGCUUAUACCAAGAGGUCGCCCUGAAGGUUUAAGAUGUGAAUUAUUUGUUAUGGUUUCAAAUUAUGAUGACGAUAGGGUUGAUCAGGAUCUAGUUGGACAAUGUUCAGAUGCUGCUGCGUAUUGUGGCGUACGAGAUCGUCUUUAUCCAGACAGACGUCCAAUGGGUUUUCCAUUCGAUCGUUUGGCUCGUGCUGGUGUAGAUAGAUUGAAUCAAUUUUUAUAUGGAAAUAUGAGAACUGCUGAUGUUAGCAUCCGCCAUAAUAAUGUUACCCGUCAACGUCCACAAUAA